UUUUUAUAUCGCGUUGUUUUUCAGUUAAAAAAGCAUUGCUUAACAGUUAUAGCCAUUGAAAUGCUUUCAAAUAAAUAAUAAAAGCAUUGAAUUCAAUGAAUCAAUCAAUGAAUAAAGUAUUCCAUUGAAUGAAAAUCAUUUGAUUAGUGGAAAGCAAUACAACAUUUGGAAUACCAGUCAAUCAAUCAAUCAAUCGAUUCGAUCGUUGAAAACGUGUUUGACUUCCAAAACAUUUUACAAUUAAAUUGCAAUUCAAUUGACUGAACACUGGAUCUGACCAUUGAUUUAGUGACCACUUCUUCAUCACUUUAAGUUGUGUGCCAUAAGUGUGACCGCAAUUUGAUGACCUUUUAAGUUGUUUGUCCGCUGCAAGCGAUCGCCGCAUAUAAUUGUUUUACUAUCGAGUGAUGACUUUAGAAGAAAGUCAUGUCAACGAAGAGAUGGCAGACUCGGCGUCUGUUGACCAGAAAGACGAUGACCAGAAAACGACGGUCAAUGGCAACGACCAAGAGUUCAUCUUCAUUCACGACACGGGUUUCAAUGUCCACAUUGCCAGUCCCGGUAUCGAACCGUUUGAAGUACAGGUUAGUGCCAUGGAAUUGGUACAAGAAAUUCAUCACUUAUUGAUGGAUAGGGAGGACACGUGCCAUCGGACAUGUUUUUCAUUACAAUUAGAUGGCUUAACAUUAGAUAAUUUUACUGAACUCAAGAACAUUGAAGGCCUUAAAGAGGGUUCAGUUAUUAAAGUGGUUGAAGAGCCGUACACUGUCCGCGAGGCACGCAUUCACUUAAGACAUGUCAGAGAUUUACUCAAGUCAUUGGAUCCGUCCGACGCAUACAAUGGCGUCGAUUUAAAUUCACUUUCAUUUGUUAAUACUAUAUCUCAGUCCGAUGUUUCAGAAAAGAAAAGAAUUUUACGAACAGAUUCUGUGGACUGUACGCCACCCGACUAUAUACUUCCCAAUUGUAAAGACAAACAAUUGCUUCCAUUGCAGCCACAAACCAAAGAACAGAAGGGUCCGACAGCUUUAAAGGUAGUGACAACUAGCGGUUGGAACCCACCGCCGGGCACUCGUAAACUUCACGGAGAUUUAAUGUAUUUAUAUGUUAUAACACUGGAAGACAAACGAUUUCAUCUGACUUCGUCAACGCGUGGUUUUUACGUCAAUGAAUCGACUGAAGAGGAAUUCAAUCCAAAGCCAUCGAAUCCGAAAGUAGUGUAUCAUUCGCUCAUCGAUUUACUCAAUCAAAUUAGUCCUACAUUUAAACGAAAUUUUGCUGCCAUUCAACGUAAACGACAUCAAAGACAUCCAUUUGAAAGAGUUGCCACUCCUUAUCAGAUGUACUCCUGGACGGCACCACAUCUCGAUCACACCAUAGACUCCAUUCGGGCCGAAGAUGCCUUUUCAUCGAAGUUAGGAUAUGAAGAACAUAUUCCCGGACAGACACGUGACUGGAAUGAAGAAUUACAGACUACUCGUGAAUUGAAACGCAAAACACUUCCCGAACGACUUCUUAGAGAGCGUGCAAUUUUCAAAGUUCACAGCGAUUUUGUGGCCGCAGCCUCAAGAGGUGCAGUGGCUGUCAUUGAUGGCAAUGUUAUAGCCAUAAAUCCGGGAGAAGAGACCAAAAUGCAAAUGUUUAUCUGGAAUAACAUAUUUUUUAGUUUAGGAUUUGACGUUCGCGACCAUUAUAAAGAACUGGGCGGUGAUGCAGCCGCCUAUACCGCGCCCACAAAUGAUCUACAAGGGGUUAAAGCUUACAGUGCCAUUGAUAUUGAAGGAUUGUAUACCUUAGGAACGGCUGUUAUUGAUUAUAAAGGUUACAGAGUGACCGCUCAAAGUAUAAUCCCUGGUAUUCUUGAGAGAGAACAGGAACAGUCAGUGGUGUACGGAUCAGUCGAUUUUGGAAAGACAGUUGUGACUCAUUCAAAGUAUUUAGAAUAUCUCAAUAAAGCAGCACAAGUACUAAAAAUACUGCCUCACAAAGUGGUCAAUGAAAAUGGCGAAGAAGUUGAGAUUUGUUCAUCAGUUGAGUGCAAAGGAAUUAUUGGUAAUGACGGUCGACAUUAUAUAUUGGAUUUAUUGCGCACUUUUCCUCCGGACACCAAUUUCUUGGUUGUUGAUGACGAAGAGCUUAGUAAAGAAGUACAAGCGAUGGGAUAUCCUCGUCAACACAAACAUCGAUUGUGUUGUCUGCGCCAAGAAUUGGUCGAUGCAUUCUUCGAAAGUCGAUAUAUGAUGUUCAUUAAGUUAGCGGCCUUUCAUUUACAACAAAAAGGUUUAAGAACUCUCAGAGAACAAGAGAUCAAAAAUAAAUCUAUUGAAGCCCAAGAAGUUAGCGAUGAUAUUGAGAUGACUGACAACGAAAUUAAAGGUGAUAUUAACGAAGAGAGCAAAGAAAAUCAAAAACCAUUGCAAGAUAAGAAUGAUAAUAAAACUGAAGAAGAAACUGAAAAUUAUAAGAAAAUAGUGGAAUCGUUUACAAAUGGAGAGAAUACUGAAGUGGACAGUACUAAAGAGAUUAUUAAAAAGGCCGCACAAGCGGUUGGUUCACUCAAAGACAAUGAAUUUGAUAUUCGUUUCAAUCCGGAUGUCUUCUCUCCCGGAGUAAACAAUUCUGAUUCAACCGGAGAAUCAUUGAAAAAACAGAAGCAAUUGGUGAAAGACGCCGCAGAGUUUCUAUUAACCGUACAAAUUCCGGCCUUAAUUCGGGACGCAUUGGAACAUACGACCACUCCUUUCGAUGGAUUAACGUUAUCUGAAUCACUACAUAAUCGCGGAAUUAAUAUCAGAUAUUUGGGUAAAAUUGCAGAACUACUUGUUCCUCACAAAUCACUUGAAUAUCUUCAUAGUAUUGUUGUCAAUGAACUGAUAUGUCGUUCAGUCAAACAUAUCUUCACAAACUAUAUUCAAGGCAUCGAAAUGAUGAGUCUUUCGUCAGCCAUCAGCCAUUUUCUCAAUUGUUUUCUCUCCUCCUGUCAAUCAAUUCCUCAGCCGUCGACCAUUGAUGAGCUUCAGUUCAGGCAAUCGCGUCGCAAGAAUAGACGUAAAACUCGUCAAAAUCUCAUCAGUUCUCAAGACAACAAUGAUUGGGUAAAUUUGACGCAGAAGUCCUUCUUUAAUAGUUUGCGCAAUGAAUUGGACUCUUAUUACGGGUGGACUUUGAACAGUGAUUCCAUAGACAGUUGUAUUGAAACCUAUAGUUUGCAGAAAAUCUCAAUUUUGCGCAUUUUCUGCAUCAAGACUGGCAUUCAAUUAUUUCUUCGCGAAUACAACUUUGACCACAAAUCUCGGGCCACUUUUAUUGACGACGACAUUCUCAAUAUGUUUCCUGUGGUUAAACACAUCCAUCCACGAGCUUCUGAUGCAUAUAACUUUUACUCUACAGGUCAACGAAAGAUACAGGAGGGCUAUCUCAAGGAGGGUUAUGAACUGAUUAGUGAAGCAUUAAACUUAUUAAACAAUGUUUACGGUGCAAUGCACCCGGAGAUUGCACAGUGCCUUAGAAUGUUGGCCCGACUUAACUAUAUUAUGGGCGAUCACGUUGAAGCCAUUUCCUUCCAACAGAAAGCAGUACUCAUGAGUGAAAAGGUCAACGGUAUCGAUCAUCCCUACACUAUCACUGAAUACACACAUUUAGCUUUAUAUUCCUUCGCCAACUCUCAAGUGUCCACUUCAUUAAAAUUUUUAUAUCGCGCACGUUAUCUGCUAUCACUUAUUUGCGGUGAAAAUCAUCCAGAAAUGGCUAUUCUUGAUAGUAAUAUUGGUUUAAUUCUUCAUGCGGUCGGAGAAUACGAUCUAUCGCUUCGUUUUCUCGAAAACGCUCUCAAAUUGAAUUUGCGUUACUUCGGACCCAAAAGCCUUAAAGUUGCCGUCAGUUACCAUUUGGUUGCCCGAACCCAGUCAUGUAUGGGUGACUUUAGAGGAGCUCUUCACUAUGAAAAAGAAACUUUUGCCAUAUAUAAGCAACAAUUAGGUGAAGAACACGAAAAGACUAAAGAAAGUUCAGAGUGUUUAAGACAUCUAACACAACAAGCAGUAGUUCUUCAGAAGAAAAUGAAUGAGAUAUACAAAGGCAACUCAGCCGCAGUCAUACCUCCCAUUCAAAUACAACCACCAUCUGUGAGCUCAGUGCUCGAUAUGCUCAACAUUAUCAAUGGUAUCCUUUUUGUUCAACUUAGUCCUCAAGACGUUGAAAGCUUAAAAGGAGAGUUCGCUAAUACUAAUGGAAAGGAGAUAACAGACUCUUCAUCGCCUAAAAAGAGCGCUCAAACCAAUGGAUUUGCUAAUGAAUCUGAUUUUGUUAAAGAAAACAACGAAAUCAAUAAACAGUCGGUCAUCACUAGUGAGGGAUAAAAUUGUGAUGAAAGUGAUGCCUAAAAAACAAUACAUUUAAUUUUUAAAACUAAAUACUAGUGUUUUAUCACAAGAAAAUUAUACAACGAAACUAAACAUUAUUAGUGAAUCACAUUAUUAUUUAGUAACUGAAACUAAUUUUUUGACAGAUGUUUGCAAUUUAGGAAUAUUAUAUAUAUAAUAAAUUUAUUGUAUUUUUAGUUUUUUUCUAA